UACAUCCCCCUCUCUGCCUUCUUCUUCGUCAAACCUACGCCAUUCUCUUCCCCCCCAAAUCUCAUUCAUCAUUCAUCAGUCAUCAUCAUCGAGCCACCAUUUUAUCUGGAAAAAGGUACGCAUACAUUGAUUACAAGUCAUUGCGGAUUAGGGUUUUUGAUUGUAAUUAAUGGAACCCAUAAUCUCCGGUUACUUUCUCAAUAACUGCAAAUCCUACUUCGUUCUUGACUGUUGUAGCUGUUCUUGUCUCUGUUAAGAUUGGGUAAACAAACUUCGUUUUCCCCGUUGUUUUCGUAUAGAAAUCUAUGGAUUUGACCCGAGCUCCCCAAUCGAAACUAUCGUUAGGGUUUGUACCUCACUCUUCUCACAGUAAUGAAAUAGCCAACGACACUGUAUCGUUUCAGAUCGAUUCGAGUUUUCGAAGUCCUCCCCACCACCUUGUUUCUGGUGUUCCUCUUCAAUUGAUGGAGCAACAGACCACACCCGAGAACAAAAACGUCGAUUUGAAUGAGAAGCAUCAGCAGACGAACGCUGGGAGUAUGGAUUUGAACGAGGAGAGCAGAGUUGGGGGAGAAGAAGAAGACGAGGAUAGGGAUGUUGAGGAGUUUCGGAUUUUAGGGCAUUCUAUGUGUUUGAAAAGGCGGAGGGAUAAUAACAGCAACAGCAGCUGUGCCACCACUGAUUCGGCUUGUUCUAACAUCAUGUCAAAACGGUGUCAUACCGAGCAGAACAGGCAAGAUCAAAGUCUUGAAUCACGUAGACAGUCUGUUCGAGCGUGGGGGAACCAGUCCCUUCAGACUGCAGAUCCUGAUAUAUUUGAGUUAUUGGAAAAAGAGAAGCAGAGACAAUACAAAGGGAUUGAAUUAAUAGCUUCGGAAAAUUUUGUUUGUAAAGCAGUUAUGGAAGCGUUGGGAAGCCAUGUGACAAAUAAGUAUUCUGAAGGCAUGCCACGUGCCAGGUACUAUACUGGGAAUCAAUACAUCGAUGAGAUCGAAAUUCUUUGUUGCCAACGUGCUUUAGUUGCUUUUGGUCUUGAUUCUGAUAGUUGGGGAGUCAAUGUUCAACCCUAUUCUUGUACGUCUGCUAAUUUUGCAGUCUAUACUGGUUUGCUAUCGCCUGGUGAUAGAAUUAUGGGGUUGGAUACCCCUUCUGGAGGUAACACGAGUCAUGGGUACUAUACACCUAAUGGAAGGAAAGUUUCGGGUGCUUCAAUUUUCUUUGAAAGUCUUUCAUAUAAGGUUAACCCACAGACAGGCAUUAUAGAUUUUGACAAGCUUGAGGAAAGGGCUCUUGAUUUUCGCCCAAAGAUACUUAUUUGUGGUGGGAGCUCAUAUCCUCGGGAAUGGGACUAUUCUAAGUUUAGACAGAUCGCUGACAAGUGCGGUGCAGUCUUGAUGUGUGACAUGGCUCAAAUUAGUGGUCUUAUUGCUGCCAAGGAAUGUUCAAGCCCCUUUGAAUUUUGUGACAUUGUAACUUCAACUACUCAUAAAAGUCUUCGCGGCCCUCGAGGAGGUAUAAUCUUUUAUAGGAAGGGUCCUAAGUCUAGGAAAAGAGGAAUGCUUUUGAAUCAAGGUGAUGGCAGUGACAGAUAUGACUUUGAGGAAAAGAUAAAUUUUGCUGUAUGUCCUGCACUUCAAGGUGGGCCACACAAUAAUCAUAUUGCUGCCCUUGCAAUUGCAUUGAAACAAUUGGCUACUCCAGAGUACAAGGAAUAUAUGCAACAGGUGAAGAAAAAUGCUCAGGCAUUGGCAUCUGCUUUGUUGAGGAGAAACUGCAGGCUGGUCACAGGGGGGACCGACAAUCAUUUGUUACUUUGGGAUCUUAGAAAUCUUGGAUUGACCGGCAAAAACUUAGAGAAAGUAUGCGAGAUGUGUCAUAUUACCGUGAACAAAAUUGCCAUAUUUGAUGAUAAUGGCACUCUCAUCCCAGGAGGAGUGAGGAUCGGUACUCCUGCUAUGACGUCACGAGGGUGCCUGGAAUCGGAUUUUGAGACGAUGGCAGAUUUUCUGUGUCGAGCAGCUCAAAUCACAAGUUCGGUGCAGAGGGAGCAUGGGAAAAUGGUCAAGUGUUUCUUGAAAGGUGUUGAAAACAACAAAGACAUUGUUGAUCUUGGAGGGCAAGUUGAGAAGUUUGCAACUCAGUUUGCAAUGCCAGGCCAAGAUUUGUAGGAGUAAAGUUUAAGGUAAUACACAAUUUAUUGUAUGCAUCAUCAUCAUCAUCAUCAUAUAUGUGUUUGAGAAAGAAAAGAAAAAGAAGGGGUUUAUUUGCAUACACCAUUAUCAUAUAAUUUUUUAUUGACUUUUGGGUUAAAUGAAGAAAAUAGCAGCACUUUUUCCCUUUUUGUUUUAUAUUGUUUGUAAUCACAUAUCUCUAUAAUCCUAUAAUGUUAAUGUUAUGUUAUUAAAGUUGAGUAUUGUAAAUGGAGAAAGACAUUGAUGGGUUCUAAAUGUAUUUGUAUUUAUUGUA